GAGAGAGCGCGAGAGAGACACACACACUGUGGGUAAUCUUCUCUUUCCUCCUGCUCCUCCUUUUCCUCCCUCCCCUCUCUCUCCCUUCUCCUCUUUCAUAUCAAUGCUCACACACACACUCGCACACACCACACUCACACAUACACACUCAUACACACCCUCCUCCUAAUCCACCUCCUCCUCCUCAACCUCCCCCUCUCUUCCAGUCAUUAAUGAACAAAUUCACCUUCCGCUCUCAGAAGCCAAGCAGGUUCCGUUCUCCGGUCGAAACAAAAAGAUACCUCUCUUCAAUAUUUGGAAUAAAUGAAUCGUCCCCCUCUUGUUCACUCCCACACAUCCUUCUCUCACACAGACACACACUGACACACACACACUGACACAUACGCGCACAUACACACACACACACACACACACACACACACGCACGCACACAGCACUCAACACUGGAGAUCAGCCACCUCUUGCCUGUAUGCCCCCAAACCCCACAGUUUCCGAUGCACGAAAUCCCCCUUCUGAAGCCACGGCCACCUGUUUCAUCUUAGAGAAUGGAUUGUCUCUGUAUAGUGACCACAAAGAAAUAUCGUUACCAAGAUGAGGACACUCCACCGUUGGAGCACAGUCCAGCGCACCUACCCAAUCAGAUGAAAGGACCCGAACUUGUUCACGUUUCGGAAAAGAACUUGUCUCAGAUUGAGAAUGUUCAUGGUUACGUCUCACACUCACACAUUUCACCAAUGAAGCAAAUGGAUCCCAUGGAACUGUGCAUCUCGGCUAACUCACCCCCAGUGAUUGUGAACACAGAGACUCUGGAUGCUCCCCCUUAUAUCAAUGGCACUGAUGGAGAGAUUGAAUAUGAAGAAAUUACUCUGGAGCGAAUGCUGUUUUCUGGCUUUUCCCAGGGGAACUCAGGCCUUGGAUUCAGUAUCGCUGGAGGGACUGAUAACCCCCACAUUGGAGAUGAUCCAAGCAUCUUCAUCACAAAGAUAAUCCCUGGAGGAGCAGCGGCCCAGGAUGGCAGACUCAGGGUAAAUGACAGCAUUUUGUUUGUGAACGAUGUGGAUGUGAGGGAGGUGACACACAGUACUGCUGUUGAGGCUCUGAAGGAAGCAGGAUCCAUUGUCCGUCUCUAUGUGAUGAGGAGGAAACCGACUGCAGAAAAACUGAUGGAGAUUAAACUGAUCAAGGGGCCGAAAGGCCUCGGAUUCAGCAUAGCCGGUGGGAUCGGAAAUCAGCACAUCCCAGGGGACAACAGCAUCUACGUGACAAAGAUCAUCGAGGGUGGGGCAGCUCACAAGGAUGGCCGCCUACAGAUAGGAGACAAGAUCCUGGCUGUAAAUAAUGUCGGGCUGGAGGAUGUCAUGCAUGAAGAUGCUGUGGCUGCUCUGAAGAACACGUCAGAUAUUGUGUACCUCAAGAUUGUCAAACCCACCAGCCUGUACAUCAACGACAGCUACGCCCCUCCAGACAUCACCACCUCUUACUCUCAGCAUUUGGACACUGAGAUGGGCCAUUCCAACUACCUGGCUACAGAUUACACACAGACCCUCACACCUACUUCUCCGCGCAGAUACUCCCCGAUUCCCAAAGGCCUGAUGGGAGAGGACGACAUUCCCAGGGAGCCCCGGAGGGUGAUUAUACACCGCGGAUCAACAGGCCUCGGAUUUAAUAUUGUCGGCGGUGAGGAUGGAGAAGGGAUCUUCAUCUCCUUCAUCCUAGCGGGUGGUCCAGCAGACCUCAGUGGUGAGCUCAGGAAAGGAGACCAAAUCCUCUCGGUGAACGGAGUGGAUUUACGGAAUGCAACUCAUGAGCAAGCAGCAGCUGCCCUGAAGAAUGCUGGACAAACCGUUACCAUCAUCGCUCAGUACAAACCCGAGGAGUACAGUCGCUUCGAGGCGAAGAUCCACGACCUGCGGGAACAGCUGAUGAACAGCAGUAUCGGAUCAGGGACCAGCUCUCUGAGGAGUAACCAGAAACGCGUGUUUUAUAUCAGAGCUCUGUUUGACUAUGAUAAGACCAAGGAUUGUGGAUUCCUCAGCCAAGCUCUCAGCUUCCGGUUUGGAGACAUAUUACACGUUAUCGAUGCCUCUGAUGAGGAGUGGUGGCAGGCCAGGAAGGUUCAUUCAGACGGAGAGAGUGAAGAGAUUGGCUUUAUUCCCAGCAAGCGGAGGGUUGAAAGAAAGGAGUGGCCAAGAUUAAAGCACAAGGAGAGGGAGAUCCCAGGCCUUGGUGAUGGUGGAGCUACACAGGGGAGCCGGGAUGAUCGGGUGCUGAGCUAUGAGGCCGUUCUGCAGAUGGAAGUGCAUUAUGCCCGUCCAAUUAUCAUUCUGGGGCCCACCAAGGACAGAGUCAACGAUGACUUACUCUCGGAAUUCCCAGACAAGUUUGGAUCCUGUGUUCCCCAUACGACCCGGCCGAAACGUGACUAUGAGGUGGAUGGGCGGGAUUAUCAUUUUGUGGCGUCACGUGAACAGAUGGAGACAGACAUUCAGAGCCACAGGUUUAUUGAGGCUGGCCAGUACAACAGCCAUCUGUAUGGGACCAGCGUCCAAUCGGUCAGGGAGGUGGCAGAGCAGGGGAAGCAUUGCAUUCUGGACGUGUCGGCCAAUGCAGUGCGAAGAUUACAAGCAGCUCACCUUCACCCUGUUGCCAUUUUCAUCAGGCCCAAGUCACUGGAGAACAUCAUGGAGAUUAACAAACGACUGACAGAGGAACAGGCUCGCAAAGCCUAUGAGAGAGCUGUGAAGUUGGAACAAGAGUUUACAGAGUGUUUCUCAGCAAUUGUGGAAGGGGAUAGCUUCGAGGAGAUCUACAUUCGAACAAAGCACGUCAUUGAGGACCACUCUGGGCCCUACAUCUGGGUCCCUUCUCGAGAGAGACUCUAAGGAUAAGCACCACCACCCCCCACCCUCAUCAUUCCAACCCUGCCCCACUUCCCCUUAAAAACAGCUGACUGAUCUCAUCUGUGCUACCUGCUCCUUCCCGAGCUUCUACAGCUGCUAUUGUCUCUUGCAGGACCUGACUGUACCCGCUCCUCCUUGAUACAAACACACACACACACACACACACACAGUUUUCCUUCUUUCAAUCGCUUGGUUACGGGAUGGGCAAAGGAACUAAAACAAAAGAAAAAUGUUUUUUUUAAACAAGAGAAAAAAGGUGACAGCCUUGCGUGUGACCUGUUUGUUUUCGCACUGUGCAAAACUCGCUUGUGCAUGCUUUGUGUGUAAAGCAAGCAACUAACAAGGAUCCUAUGAAAGAACUUUUCAAAGAUUAAUCCUGCCCUCCACCCCCAACCCCAAAUGCGAUGCACGAGAGGGGCAUAAUGUCUGUGAAGCCUGAGCUGUCGACUGAACAAAUCUUGGCUUGUCUCCGGUGACUGUAAAUAACUUCCUUAUUUUAAAAAAAAAACUCAUGCAAACAGAAAAAAAAAAUACAGCGACGAUGGUUUAAAAAAAGGAAAAAAAAAAGAGACUUUAAAAUAUUGCUUUUUCUGUUCUCUAUUCUUUCCCUCGUCCUGCCCCUCGUAUCGUCUGGUUUUGCUGCCUGCACUCAAAAGAGAAAAUAAGACAAAAAUAAUCAAUAAAAGUUAAAACAAUCUGAACGUAGCUGACAAUGGACAGAAUGCAGCAUGAAAAGCAAGCCUGGUUUGUGAAAGACUACCUUGCUCACUUAAUGCACCUUGUGGAAGAUGCUUCCUGUCUUCAAUGAAAUAUGGACAUUGUCCAUCUCUCUCUCUCUGCCUCCCUGUGUGCACCUUUGUUGGAAGAGGCCUCACCCGUGGCUGCAUGGAGAUUAUGACUGUAAACUGGAGGAGGAUGCCUCCCUCCACCAUUUGGAUGGAUCGCAACUGAACCACUUCAACUGCACUUAAUGUCCCUUCUUCAUUAACUUUCUCAGUCUCAAACAUCCCUUGGAAACCACCGUGCUCUGGGGAAGAGAAUUCCAAAGAUUCACUACCAUCUGACGUUCCAAGAUGUUCCUUCUCCGUCCUAAACGAUUGGGCCCUUUUCCUGAGACACCUCCGUCAGGUUCUGGAUCCCAGCCCAGGGGGAGCGACCACACUCUGUUUGUACCUGUCAAACUCCUCCAGAAUCUUUUCAGUUUUCAAUGAGACCACUUCUCAUUCUACUACAGGUGUCCCUGAUUUACCAACAUGUGAUUUACAAACACUUGUACUUACGAGCAAGAUCCCAUAUUAGUAUUCAUUGUAAAGACUCACCAGGCGAAGGUUUGCUUGUGCGUAGGAAUAGCAAUUUUAUAUUGUAUUGUAUCGUGUUCCAAACUGAGUACCAACCACCUUAUGAACAUAGCCAGGAAUGGAACUCAUUCAUAACCGGGGGCUUCCUUGUAAUGUCCAGAGAAUUUACUCAGUCCCUUGAGCUCGAUGGAAAAAUGACCUCCACCUGAUGCUGAUUUGCUUGACUGUUACUGUUAUUUUACAUCCUGCUUUAUGUUGCUGCUGGAACUGAUGUUUUGCCCUUUUAGCCUUUGGUUAAUUUUAUUUAUUUAUUUCUGAUUAGCUUACAGUGUCCUACUCCACAGAACAGUACAGUUUCUAAGCAACGUCCCACAAGUUGCUCAGUUUUCAUUUUGGGCCUUGGUUGGAGGAGGAGCUUGGGAUGGGGCACUGUGGCUGUGAACCUGCCAGGGCUAUGAGCUGGUGGGUUGGGGGGAAACACCCUGCCAUUGAAGGAGGAGGGGGCAGGGUUUUGAUUGUUGGUGGGGGGACAGAGAAUGAUGGAGAUGGCAGGUGACUGUGCAGGUCUCUGAGGUGGCCUGCUAUUCUUUGCAACCUCCCUUCGCCCUCCUGCCUGGCCCGUGUGGCUUCGGUGGGACUCGAAAGACAUCAGUCUCUGUGUCUGUCUCUCUCUUUCUUCUCCCCCCACACAGUCCUCUGAGUGGAAGUGAGGAACCAUCAUGUUGUCACAGGCUGUGUCCUUGACAACAAACUGCAGCAAUGACAUUAGGUCCUUUGGGACUCAUACAUCUUGGUGCCCCUAACUAUGGACUGUUAAUGGCAGGCUGCUGCUGCUCAGACCUGAACCCCCAGCAAGCUCGGGAGGGAGAUGGGGGUCAGUACAUAUCUGUUAAAGGGUGUUACAAGUGGAGGACCCUCCUGACAGGAGUCAGUGACAAAGAAUAUCAGUGAGAGGAAUCAGAGGAAGCAGCUUCAAGGCCUAGCAUUACCUAGAGUGUCUUAAAAAUGGAAUGUUGCAGAGCACUAGUGCAGCAUCCAAAAACAUUACAGCUUUUAAUUCUCUCCAACCGGCAAGCGUGAUCAGAAAGAUGCAGUCACCAGGAUCAAAGAAAUGAGUUGUUGAUGAUUUAGCUGUCCCUCAAUUUCUGAGGGUGGCACUGGAGAGAGGGAUCCUGCUGAGAGAUAGAGAGGGUGCUGAUGGGUUAGGAGGGAGGAAGGGUGGUGAGAACCAGCUGCAGUGACAGUGAGGUACAGGGCUGCUGUGGUAAUAGUUUGACUAGUUAUCAGUGGCCAGGCCUCUCAACCGGGAGCACCAACGUUGUCAGAAACUUAAACCCUGGGCAAAAGAUUUGCAUUUUCCUGCCUCGGAGGGUCCUAAUGGAGGAUAAACCCAGAGUUAAAGUAACACUUCCAGAUCAUCUCGGUUGGUGGCUUCAACCUGCUUAGAAGAAAAUAACUUCUGAGCAAGUGAGAAAUCGAGUUUAUCCGAGACCUCUCAGUGGCCUGGAGUGGCAGGACCCUGAGGACAGGGUGCACUUCCAAUCCCUUCCAGCUCUGCUUUUAGAGGCAUAGAGAUGUACAGCACGAAAACAGACCCUUUGAUCCAACUUGUCUGUGCUGACCAGAUAUCCCAAAUGAAUCUAGUCCCAUUUGCCAGCAUUUUGCCCAUAUCCCUCUAAACCCUUCCUAUUCAUGUCCCCUUCCAUUUGCAUUCCCCUGAUCUAAAAAUCUUGGGAACAAGAAUCCUGGUAAAGUUCCCAGCAUCAGACCCAAAAGCAGGGCUGUGCUAAAUGGUGCCCCGAGAAGACAGAGUUCAGUUGUGUGCUUUUCCUGAUAUCACCCUCCCAACCUGACUAAAUCCCACCUUGCACUGAUUCAGGACCGGGAUGUCUGCUGUCAGAAUACAUUCGGGCAUGUGAGGGUUGCAAAACUAACUUCCCCUGUCCUCCUCCUAACUCAACUGUGCCCCUUACCCACCUGGGAUAUCAUGAUGGACUGGAUACUGUUGUAAGUGGAUGAACAAAAAGUUAUAAAAGGUUUUAUUUUAAAUGUUUUUCUAAGUUUUACGUCUCCUUUACUGAUGAGCUGGUUGAUGCAGCUCUACUCUGUAUCUAACCCCGUGCUGUCCCUGUCCCUGGGAGUGUUUGAUGGGGCACUGUGUACAGGGAACUCUACUCUCUAUCUAACCCCGUGCUGUCCCUGUCCCUGGGGAGUGUUUGAUGGGGGGGACAGUGUAGAGGGAGCUUUACUCUGUAUCUAACCCCGUGCUGUCCCUGUCCCUGGGAGUGUUUGAUGGGGCACUGUGUACAGGGAACUCUACUCUCUAUCUAACCCCGUGCUGUCCCUGUCCCUGGGGAGUGUUUGAUGGGGGGGACAGUGUAGAGGGAGCUUUACUCUGUAUCUAACCCCGUGCUGUCCCUGUCCCUGGGAGUGUUUGAUGGGGCACUGUGUACAGGGAACUCUACUCUCUAUCUAACCCCGUGCUGUCCCUGUCCCUGGGGAGUGUUUGAUGGGGGGGACAGUGUAGAGGGAGCUUUACUCUGUAUCUAACUCCAUGCGGUUUGAUGAUGGUGGGGGGGUGGGGAAGGAAGACAGUGUAGAGGGAGCUUUAAUCUGUAACCCCAUGCUGUCCCUGUCUCUGUGAGUGUUUCAUGGGGGACAGUGUAGAGGGAGCUUUACUCUGUAUCUAACCCAUGCUGUCCCUGUCCCUGGGAGUGUUUGAUGGGGGACAGUGUAGAGGGAGCUUUACUCUGUAUCUAACCCCAUGCUGUCCCUGUCCCUGGGAGUGUUUGAUGGGGGACAGUGUAGAGGGAGCUUUACUCUGUAUCUAACCCCAUGCUGUCCCUGUCCCUGGGAGUGUUUGAUGGGGGACAGUGUAGAGGGAGCUUUACUCUGUAUCUAACCCCAUGCUGUCCCUGUCCCUGGCAGUGUUUGAUGGAGGGCAGUGUAGAGGGAGCUUUACUCUGUAUCUAACCCCAUGCUGUCCCCAUCCUGGGAGUGUUUGAUGGGAGGGGAGGUGGAGACAGUGUAGAGGAAGUUUUACUCUGUAUCUGACCCCGUGCUGUCCCUGUCCUGGGAGUGUUUGAUGGGAGGGUAACAGUGUAGAAAGAGCUUUACUCUGUAUAUAACCCCGUGCUGUCCCUGUCCUGGGAGUGUUUGAUGGGAGGGUAACAGUGUAGAAAGAGCUUUACUCUGUAUAUAACCCCGUGCUGUCCCUGUCCUGGGAGUGUUUGAUGGGAGGGUAACAGUGUAGAAAGAGCUUUACUCUAUAUAUAACCCCGUGCUGUCCCUGUCUUGUGGGGGGUUAGACGUCUUGAGGUGCUGGAAUCUUGGAAACUUCAAAGUGUUUCCUGUCAUUUUGAGCCUAAUGCUAGAAGGUGAGGCAUUUGUUCCUGUUAAGUGUCUCCCCUCUGCCUGUGCAUUCCUCGCUCGGAACCCAGACGUGGGGUUUCACCAAUGGUCAUGUUGAAGGGGAGACAGUUAGAUUCCUUUAUCAGAGAGGGUUAUUGCCCGGCUUCCAAAUGGCACUAAUGUUACACCAGAUACUGUGGCACCACACAACGUUACAAAAAUAUUUAUUGGAGCAGCAUCUAAUUAAAAGUUACCUUCGAAUGUGGAA